GGCGGCGAGGCCCAGCCCGAACAGCAGAAGAGUGGCGGUGAAAAUUGGGUUUCAGCUUUCAAGUUUCACCAAAUCGGGGGAAUUUCACUAUUUACCAUCGUUACAAAUACCAACUCUUCAAAUACUCUCUUUGAAUUUAGUCUUACAAAUUUACCACAGGAGACAUACAAUUUCUUAACUAUUUACCACUUUUGACUCCUUGACAUGCCACGGUGGCUGCAGAAAACAUUGGUGGGCCACACAUGUCAGCGGUCCCUCCCAUCUUCAUCGUCUGGCCAUCGACAUUGUCAUCGUCCCCGCUGCCACUAAGCGUACGGAUCAGAUCGCGGCGAUGUGGGAGCAGGUGAAGGCGCCGGUUGUGGUGCCCCUGCUACGGCUCUCCGUGGCGGCGUGCCUCGCCAUGUCCGUGAUGCUGUUCGUGGAGGAGGUGUACCUGACGACGGUGCCCGUCGCCGUUCACCUGUUCGGCCGCCGCCCCGUGCACCGGUACCGCUGUGAUCCCCUCGUCGUCGACGACCCCGAGCUCAGCGACACUGGCGCCACCUUCCCCAUGGUCCUCGUCCAGAUCCUCAUGUACAGCGAGCGCGAGGUGUACAAGCUAUCAAUCGGGGCGGCGUGCGGGCUAUCCUGGCCGAGGUUGUAGACGCGGGGCGGCGCCAGGCCGUGCUUCUUGUCGGAUUUGGUGCCGGUGCUCUUGCCGGCCGUGUCGAGCGCGCCGAGGCAGCCCUUGAUGGGCAUCGGCGCUGUCGGCGGUGCGGAAGAGCAGUGAUGGGCUUGUCGGCGAUGAUGCUGCGGGCGAAGGAGAAGUAGGCCAUGUCGGGGCGGCCCCAUGGCCCGUACUCGGUGAAGAACCGGAGGCUGGUGAUGGGGAGGCCGUAGAUGUGGUUGUAGGCGUGGGCGAUGGCCUCGCCAGCCUUCUUGUUUGUUGCGUAGAGCGACGCCGGCUGGUCUGUGCGGUGGUCCAGCUAAUUUAGUCUUGGCCGGGUCUCUCCAUUCGCCAUUUGCUACCGUUUUUCAUAGUGGCAGCCACGUGGCAUGCCACCUAGUCAAAAGUGGAAAAUAGUUAAGAAAUUGUAUCUCUUCUGUGGCAAAUUUGUAAGACUAAAUCUAAGAAGGGUAUUGAAGAGUUGGUAUUUGUAACAAUGGCAAAUAGUUAAAUUCCCCACCAAAUUGUGGGUGAGAAGUUUAAU